GUAAGGGGCAGGGCUGGGACCAGCAUGCACCCGGAACAGGAGAAUCAUGGGUGGUGUCUAACAGGUCCUCUCUCAAGGCCGUGGGACAUGCGCCUCUUUUGCUCAUUGUAAUGUGUCAGCCAGGUCUUCCAGUGCUUCCAUGCAAUCCCUGUACGUUACACGGUAGCGUGCUGUGCAUGUUACCGCCCUCUGAUCGGGCCCUCAGCUACUCUGAGAGGUAGGCGUUCUCCACUGGGGCCGCUGUGUAGAAACCGGUUCCUUCCUCCAUGUCACACUUCUCCUUCGUCAGGCGCAUGGUUGCGUCAGUGUUUUGCAAAAACCUCAGCUCAGCUUAGCGCGUUUCCGGUCGCAUCGCAUCAGGUACACACUCGCUUCAGGCCACAUCGUCGACCCAUAGGAGGGAUCGUGCCUCGGACCACAUCUCAAAUCCUCAGCUGGUGGAAUAGGACUUCCCUUCUUCUCUGCCUGGAAUGAGAAUCCCUGCCUUGGCUCCGUGGGCCUUCUCUAUCAUGCUGUGGGCUGCGGUGAUGUUCCUUCAAGCCUUGCUGGUUGAGGCUAAUGGAACCCGGUCACCAGACACGCAAACCCCAACCACCUUGAGUGGUAUGCAGGAAGCGUCCAGUUUAGGUGCAUUGGCGGCGGGCGGAUCCAUGCUUCAUGAAACAAAAGCCUCUACAUUGCCUCUGAUAGGUGGAACCCAGGAGCCAAUCAAAAUCGAAGUAACUGAUCAGGGAGGAACAACUAGUCAACCUGCAAGUAACUUUCAGUCAACCACCAACCAUGAGCUUUUCUUGGCGAUGACUUCAAAGCCUGCUCUUGCCUCGGGUUCUUCAGUGAACAAUACCUCCACCCAUGCACCGUCUAACUUAACCUCUUCUCACUCCACCUCAGGGCCAACCUUCACCACCCCUACAUCGUCAACUCAUUCUAUAUCUAACUCCACCUCCGGACUGCCUGGCUACACCCCCACACUGUUAAACUUAAUCCAUUCUAUAUCUAGCUCCACUUCUGCAUCUCCUCACUCAUCCCCGCCACUGUCUGACUUGACCCAUUCAGCAUCUCAGUCCAGCACAUGGCUGCCAGACUCCACCUCUGUUACAUCCAGCCCAACAGAUGCUGCUCUUUACAAACGUAAGGGAUCAUCUGACUCCACCCAGACCGCUGUCAUUUCCACAUCCCGGCCCACUGACUCUACAAACUCCGUCAUGGGAGCCGUGGUACCCAAGAAGCUCUUGACCACUACGUCAGCAAAGACCAAGACCCCUACGAUACAUCAUGAAGGGAAUAAUGCGUCAGGGGGCAGCAAUUCAUGCCUUUCCCGCAAGGAUGGGCUGGUGAGCCAAUGCUUAAUCGCCAUUGCCUCCCUGGCUGCGGUGGCCACCUUCUUCAUGGUCUGCACCAUCUUCCUUUGCACCAAGCUCUCCGCCCAAAAACACCGGUACAGGAUGAGCAUGAAUCAGGGCACCGAGAUGAUGUGCAUCUCUAGUCUACUACCUGACGGUGAUGUCGCUCAUGCCAAACUUCGCUACCCAAAGUCCAAUGGUGCCCUGAUCCCCAGUGCAGAUGAGAGCGAGGGCGAUGACCUUACACUCCACAGCUUCCUCCCAGAAAACGAGAGGACCGCCUAAGCUGUGUUCUAGGAACCAGUGGACCUAUGCUUCCAAGGGACAACGGGGGGGCGUAGUGCUUAAAGACAUGGACCUGAAUAAACUGUAAGUUGUUUUGGAUGAAGGGAGGAUGGUUUGUGAAGGAAGGCUGUUCCUUGCCUUUGUGUCUUGGACCAGCACGACUGGAUCACGCUGAAAGAGGAAGAAGCAGUGAAACAGGAAACCAGCUUCAGUGGGGUUUUAUUUUUUUGCAUAAUGCAUAGAACUGAACCUCCAUCCUCUUGGUCUGUGACGAAUUGUUUGAAGGCAGUUGCCAUUAAUGGACUUCAUGUGGUUCGAUGUUGUUUUUAGUCAUUUCCUUUCUGUUGGGCCUGCAGUCUGUGUCGCUCCUGACUUUUGCAAAACUGUGCACUGGAGCUCAGAAGCUUUGCUAUCCUGGGUAUUAAAUUACUGAACUGUAUAUAAUUCAAAUACGCUAUAAUAUAGUACAGCACUGCACAUAAAAUAUGGCGUAUUGUAGUUUGGCUACUGCGUCUCGGCUUGAUUUUGGUGGAGUCGCUAGCCAGAAGCAGACGGUCACUGCAAGGCGGAGGAGGAUGAUCGAAUUACAGGUGCCACUUUACAAUGAGGCCACCCAAGGUUUAUGAAUGGCUUAUAAUCUGGUUAUUAAUUAGGUUGUAACACUGUAAAUUAUCAAUAGACAGUUUUGAACAGGUUAUAACACUUUUCUUUUUUAUUAAUGAGUAACUACCAUUUACAAGUGGCAAAAGGGAGCCUUAUUGUAAAGUGCUGCCGUAAAAAAAAAAGAAUGACCGUAGUUUUAUUUUUUUCCUAUAGCGUCAUUUACAAAAAGACCCAAAAUUAACACUGUAUGCGUACUUCUUGAUAAGUGAAUCAUUUAAACAGUAUUUGUACAGGUAUGGUUCUGUCCCAAGUUUUUUUGAUCCAUAUCAGCGGUCGAUCACUAUAACUGUGAUCACUAUAAGCUUUUUCCACUCUACCUGUGUUUAUGGGAUGUUGCAUGUACAGUUUCACCAGCAUGUACUGGCCCCUCAUCAGCCAGUCCCUGAGGUUAUUGCAGGCGAGCUUGUGCAUGAGAGACCCUACGUCAGCCAAAGUAACAGUCUUACUUUUAUCUUAGGAAUUGGCUCUUUUCCUACCUAAAAGUUGCUCUCAUCCACUUUGUCAAUAGGUUUUAGGGGAAAAAAACUAGUUUAAAACUUUUAGUGCAAUUUAGGAGUACUCUUAGUGGUAAGAUAAAAUGCUUUGUGAAUACGGGCUCUGCUUUCAUAACUAGUUACAGAUGAAGGUCUUGAGAAAGACCUUUUCUGGGCUUUCUUCCUGGUUGUCUGUUUCCCAGGUGAUGGGCACCUCAGCUCCAAAAUGCCCCAGCACACUGUUGCGGAGCUUCUUGGUCCGUACAGUUCCUUGUCGUGUUACGUACGACAAUCAUUCGAUUUUUACUUCUGCGGAUUAGACACUAUGGAAAGCCCUUCAACGUUUUCCAGGCCGAACAAUUCACAACACGAAGACUGAAAGGACAUUUUGACCGUGCUCCUGCCUGCUACAAAGCACAGUCGAGUUCAAGGCCUCCUGUCAGCUGGGGGGCGCCACCUCAUCUCCCACCAGCUGCAUCCGCAACAGAAUUGAACACUUCUGAAGCAGUGGUGUCACCUUUUGGCUUCAGCCUCUAAAACAGAGUCACACGUUGCUUAGAGAAGGCCUUCAACUCCCCUGCCACCUCCCCCAAUGUCUCAAAGUUUUGAAACUGGAACUCCAGUUUGGCUUCUUUGAAGUGACAUCUGCUGAUACCAAAGGUACUCUGGAAAUCAGGUUGUGAAACCUCAUUGUUCAGACCUGGUAGUGUUAGCCAAAGGUCAGUGCUAUCCGCUACUGGCCCACCGCCGGCAGCAUGUCGUUUUGUGAAUUAUUCUUCCGUGGACUUUUCUAGAUUUACGUUAUGCAGGCCGCGGGUUAAGAAUAUCCGAUUUACGGACAACUCACACUUACGAACGGACUGCCAUAAAGCCUGUUAUAUAAAAAAUUAGAAUUGAGUACAACGGCUUGUACUAACAAAUGCACUUCUUUGCGAUGCUCAUGAAAACAUUUGCAGCUUUAGCCGUUCAUCGGCUCGAGAUACAGUACAGUGCUGUAUGUAGCUACUUUUAUUAUUAUUGUAUAAUUAUCAUUAUUAUGCAAUGUAUUGUUAUUUUUCCAACUUUCCUAAGGAAUUUCAUUUGUUACCCACGGACUGCCUGUAUUGUAAAAUAUUCAUCAUUAUCUUAUUACAAUAUAUACUUAAGCUGAAAGUUUAAUAAAGUCAUUUUAGGGUUGUCAUCCCAAAUGACAAAAUUAUUA